UUGACAUACACGUACUGUCUUGUGUUGUCCACCUACAAGAUUUUUUUGCAGGAUUUCCAUUAUCCUGAGAGUAUUUACUGCAAGAUAUUAUGAGAUACCCAAUUCCCAACCGAUUCACCGUGUGCGAUUUUAUUAAAAUUUAAAGCUCUCUUUGGUUUCUCCACCCAACUCAGUUCAGAGUCUUCAGCUCAUUUUCUCCUCCUACUCUCUCGAUUGCUGCUGUUACGGGGAUUUUCUUCUCUAUUUUUCUCAGAAAGCUGAUAUUCUUGGAAUACUAAUAACUAAGAGAAUUAUUUUGUCAAGGGACAAACCAAUAUGAGCGAGGUCUUAGAAGAUGGGAUUAGCAACUUGCCAGGCUCAAUUCUUCAUCACAUUCUCUCUUUUGCUGAUACCCGAGAUGCUGCUCGGACUUGUGUAUUAUCUAAACGUUGGAAAUUCAUUUGGAGAUCUAUCCCUAUCCUCGAGUUUUCGUGCAAGAAUUCCUCGCAAGCUAACAGUUUUGGUGAUUUUGUGGAUACAACGUUGGAGCUUCAUGAUGGCUCCAACAUACAGAAUUUCAUUCUGGACGCUAGUGUACUCUCGAAUGAAUCUCGGAUUGGAAAAUGGAUCACCACUGUAUUAUCUCACAAUGUUGAAGAUUUCACUCUCCAAUUGACUAUAAGAUACUCAGUUUUGAUGCCGCCGUCUCUUUUUACUUGUGAGUCGCUAAUUAAAUUAAGGCUAUAUUCAGGCCCUAUAAUCUGUUUCCCUAAAUAUAUAUCUCUUCCAAGAUUGGAAAGAUUUCUGCUAUUUGGAGCCUUAUUUAAAGAUGAGUGUUGGAACGACCAACUCUUUUCCAACUGCCCCGAACUUCAGUUUUUAUUUCUGGGUUCCUGCACCUGGGCUGCUACGCACAAUGUUUGUAUUUCAAAUCCUUCACUGCAAAAAUUGAUUAUUUCGAAUCCGAAACACCAAGAUGGUUUUCAGAACUGUGCUUUCGAAAUUCAAGCACCAAGUCUAGAGGAUCUCACCUACAAAGGUAUCGUUGCAAAGGAUUAUGACCUGUCUAGCUUUCCAUCACUAGUUGAAGCACACAUUGACUUUUACUUUGACGUAUAUAAUACAACGUGGGAGCAAGCGAUACAUUAUGGGGCAGUUAUAAGUAAGUUUCUUCGAGCACUUGCACAUGUGGUGUAUCUAACAAUUUCUGAUCGAACCCUACAGAUUAUCACCGUUGCAGACGAUUUAAGGAACCAUAUACCUUCAUAUCCUCAUUUGAACGAGUUGUGUCUGACUCAGAAAGUAAUUGCUGAUGAAGCGCUAAUUGUUUUGCUCGAAAAAACACCUAAUCUGAAGUCACUCAAAUUUAAAAGGUUCGUUCCCUCUUUCCCUGGUGAAGAAGAAGACGACAUUGGCGAUGCAAGUGAUGAUGUGAGUGAAGACAACCACAACAAUGACGCUGCUUAGGGUGAAGAUGACGGUGACAAUGAAGACGAUAGCUGGGGACUUGAUAUGGUGGCUACUAGAUUGUCUUUUCCACAUCUCAAGUUUGUUAGCUUCAACAAUUUUACUGGCAAAGCAUGGGAGAUGAGGUGGUUGAAACUGAUUUUGAAGAAUGCAAAAGCUUUGGUGAGAAUGACUAUUUCAUGUGAUCCCGUUUCCCACAUGAAAAGUGAAACUAUGAUGGCAGAUAUUUCGAGUCUUCCUAGAGCUUCAGCAAAUUGUGUGUUCAAAUUCUCCCCUAAGCAGGGAUAAAGGUGUCUUUUCAAUUCUCAGGGCGUCAGGUUCACAAAGUAAUUGGAGAGGUGGCCAAUGGUAUUUUGCGUUUCCAAAUCUUGGGAGAUAAAAUAGUGAAAAGUUUCAAAUAUUGGGAGGUGGCUGUUUGUGUUUUGACAAGGGUGCAAGAUGUUUGAUCAGUCCGACUUCCACGUAGAUUUUCGUGGUGCAAAGAAGCUUACAAGACUAGUAAACAAACAAUUUACUGAUGUAGAAUAAAGAGUAAAAACGGCGAUUGAAAACAUUCGAACAGUAUCUAUUUCAUUUUCGGUCUCUUUAAUUCUUACGCAGAAAACUGAAUUUUAUUAUUUUACCUUUUGGCUGAUGACUGUGCUUCUGUUAAAAAAAUCAAUGGAGGAGGAAGAUGUAUCUAUAAUUAUA